CAGCUAGUGAAGUAGGACGAGUUGCAUCGGACUGUCGCUGUCAUUCGCAGACGGAGUACAGCUCUCGCCGCUUUUGUUCAAGCUAUCGCACCCUGUAGGCUUCUGCUGGCUAGUUAAGAAUGGUUUCUAUAAUUUCAGAUCUGGAUCCACUGAAAAGCUGGAACGUAUUAAGCUUACCAAAUGACGAUGUUCAACAACCACCCCAAUAUGAUAAUGAUGCACCUAUCUGGCAGGACGCCACUGACCUCUCCGGGACUAUACAAAGUAACGGCACUGGCAGUAAGAUGAACGGGGCGCUGGAGCACUCGGACCAGCCCGAUCCGGACGCCAUUAAGAUGUUUGUGGGCCAGAUCCCGCGGUCCUGGUCCGAGAAGGAGCUGAAGGAGCUGUUUGAGCCGUACGGAGCCGUGUACCAGAUCAACAUCCUGCGCGACCGGAGUCAGAACCCACCGCAGAGCAAAGGGUGCUGUUUUGUAACAUUUUAUACGAGAAAAGCAGCUCUGGAGGCACAGAACGCACUGCACAACAUUAAGACCUUAUCUGGGAUGCAUCAUCCCAUUCAGAUGAAGCCGGCGGACAGCGAGAAGUCAAACGCGGUGGAAGACAGAAAACUGUUCAUAGGAAUGGUCUCGAAGAAGUGCAAUGAGAACGACAUCAGAGUGAUGUUCUCUGCGUUCGGGCAGAUCGAGGAGUGCAGAAUCCUGCGGGGACCAGACGGACUGAGCAGAGGCUGUGCGUUUGUCACGUUUUCUACCAGGGCUAUGGCACAGAAUGCAAUCAAAGCCAUGCACCAGUCACAGACCAUGGAGGGCUGCUCCUCGCCCAUCGUGGUGAAGUUUGCGGACACACAGAAGGAUAAGGAGCAGCGGCGCCUGCAGCAGCAGCUGGCCCAGCAGAUGCAGCAGCUGAACAGCGCCUCCACCUGGGGCAGCCUGACCGGGCUGGGCGGCCUCACCCCACAGUAUCUGGCAGUAAGAAGCCCCGCCGUCGCUGCCUCGUCCUCCGCCAACCACGCCGCCGCAGCAGCCGCACUUCUUCAGCAGGCUACUUCCUCCAGUAAUCUGGGAGCGUUCAGUGGAAUUCAGCAGAUGGCAGGUAUGAGUGCUCUGCAGCUGCAGAACCUGGCUGCUUUAGCAGCGGCCGCCGCGGCCGCACAGAGCUCGGCCAGCCCCUCCAAUGCAAACCCCCUGUCCUCCAGCGGGGGUGCCCUCGGAGCGCUGGCUAGCCCAGCCGGUACGACGGCUGGCUCCAGCGCUGGGGCCAUGAACUCUCUGACCUCGCUGGGCACCCUGCAGGGCCUCGCCGGCGCCACCGUGGGGCUCAACAACAUUAAUGCACUAGCAGGUAGCGUCAACAGUAUGGCGGCCCUUAACGGGGGGCUGGGAGCCGCAGGGCUGACCAAUGGGACGGCGGGCACCAUGGACGCCCUGACCCAGGCCUACUCAGGGAUCCAACAGUACGCGGCCGCCGCCCUGCCCACCCUCUACAGCCAGUCCCUGCUGCAGCAGCAGAGCGCCGCGGGCAGCCAGAAGGAGGGCAUUUGGCAGACACUCUUAUCCAGAGCGACGUACAACAAAGUGCAUACUCCUAACCAGGGAUCAAGUGCAGGGCCAGAGGGAGCCAACCUCUUCAUCUACCACCUGCCCCAGGAGUUUGGAGACCAGGACAUCCUGCAGAUGUUCAUGCCUUUCGGAAAUGUGGUCUCCGCCAAAGUCUUCAUCGACAAACAGACCAAUCUGAGCAAGUGCUUCGGUUUCGUCAGCUAUGACAAUCCGGUAUCAGCGCAGGCUGCCAUCCAGGCUAUGAAUGGCUUCCAGAUUGGCAUGAAGAGGUUGAAGGUGCAGCUUAAACGCUCCAAGAACGACAGCAAACCAUACUGAUCAUAGCACUAGGGCUUUACCGCUCUCCCAUUAGCACUGCGAGGAACAUCUCCAUGCCUGUUAGCUCAUCGUUUGCCUAGCAUGUCUCCGUGGCGUCCAAAAAAAAAACAAAACGUCUCAUCGUCCCGUCAUUGUUUCUGAUGUCUUUCUGAGCUCACCUGAUCAUAACCUGGUCUCCUCCUACUGACCUUUGAACCUAGCUUGACCUUUUGGAAUUUUUUGCAUGUGACCUCAUUUUGAGCUUUUGAUUAUUGGGAGAAGGGGAGGGAGGGGGCAGGACUAGCAAAUCAAUGUGAAAGCUUAGCUGCAUUCAUACAAGAGACUGAACACUUUUAGAAAACAAAAAAGCAGAAAAGUAGUUUAAAAAAAAUCAAACCUGUGGCAAAGUGUUUUUUGUUUUUUUUGGUUUGUUUGUUUUUCUUUUCCUUCUUUUCGUUUUAUUUUGAGUUUGUUUUAGUUUUUUUCCUUUUUUCAUUAAAGUAAACUUGAAAGAUCAAUACAGGGAUUGGCAUUGGGUCUUACUGCUGGCACCACUAGCAAUAUGAGGCCAGGAGGGCCCUGUGUUGGUUUCUAAGAUAAAUAGACUACUUCCAUACAGUUUUGAAGAGAAACUGUCUGAUAAAUAUUCGAAUCUCUCUGUAAUGGUUUUUACAUUUUUCAGGCAGUGUAAAGUAGUUUUUUGAUAAGGCCAUUUGAAGCGGCUCACUUUCUCAUUAAAAUCUAUAUAUAUAGAACCACUUUUUCUAGAGUAGUUAAAGGUUAUAAAAAAAUUUAAAAAGAUUUGCCCUGUUUGGGGGGAAAAUGCUACCUACUUGUGUCACCUUUUGCUGAACUGACUCACAGUUAGACAAUCCGUGGUUAAAUGCACAUGAAAUGACCUAUAUUUUAUACUCUUUACAUGUAUAGAGAAAAAAAAACAAUUAACUGUAACCCGCGUUAACGUUGGUGCUUUUCGUGGAUUAAGUUGUGGUUUCAUCACGAGUCUAACGGUCCUAAGUGUUUCAUGUUUUAAAGACUAAAAUCGGUUUACUUGAACAAUAGACAAAGCCUUUCAUAUUAUUACUAUGACUUUUCUUUUCUAUGAGUCCCUAUUUGCUAAAUUUCUUGUUGGUAAUUAGCGAUAUGAAAUUCCAAAAAAAAACAAAACAAAAAAAACAAACAAAAAAAAUGUCGGCUUGUGAAGCAUCGAUGUCAUAAUUAUUUUUCUUUUUAUCGUGGGAAACAAUAUUUAGAUGUGUUUUGUUGUUCAGCAAAAUGUGAUUUUUUUUUUCUUCUGAAGAAAAAAAAAAGAAAUCAGUGGAAUUUAGUGCCAAAUUCCAAAGGUACUUCCUGCCUAGAGCUUUCAGUGUAUUUCCUGUGAAAUUAUUUGAUAACAUGGGUAUUUUAUUACGUGUUUUGUAUGGAUCCCUCAUAUUUAAAGAUAUAGAUUUAAAAAAGAGUUUGUUAACUUGCUAUUCUGUGGUCUUGUUGCCUGAAAUUGUUCAUGGUUUUUUGGUUUUCCUUGUUUUGUUUUUUGUUUUGUUUUAUUGAUUUUGUUUAGUUCUUUGGUUUGUUUUUUCUUUUUGUAACUAUGUAAAAAGUGCCCAUGUUCCUCACACACACUCCUGUGCUGUAAAAGCAAAUCUCUCAGUCUGCUUUUCUGUCACAUUGUGCCUGGGAGUCCCUGAGUUCGAGAGCCUCUGCAGUCACCCUCGAGUCUACUUCUGUCUCUCUCUCUCACACGCACGCACGCACACACACACACGCGCACACAUAGACAGCUAAAGCCCUCCAACAAGCCUUUUCUUUAAUGAACGCUCGUACACACACACACACACACACACACACACGCGCGCGCGCACACACACACAGAACGAAUAAUGCCCUGCUACAGACAGGUGUACAGUUAAGGCCCAGCACCCAGUGGGGUAGAGGGCCAAAUGCAAAGCCUUAUUUCCAACUGCUUUUCCAUCGUUUAAAAAUGCAUGAUAUAGUUGCCUUUAUUCAUCGGUUAUUUAUUGAUUGUUUUUCACACGUGACUGCUCUUCUGUUCGUGUGGCAGAAGGCCACCUGCACACAUGCCCACACACAUUCAAGUGCAGACACACUCGUCAGUAUUAUAAUAGUGGUGUUUUAGUCUCAUGAGCCUGUUCAGUGCCAGUUGUGGUGGGGGUGGGUGGGGAACUCGUUUGAAAUUAUGUACAUCGUUUGUCUUGUUUACCAGUCUCAAAAUCCAGGAGGCACUUCUUAAUUCUGGUUAAUUGUGUAAGCCCUAAUCCAAAAUAGAGACACAAGCACAACAUUAUAUGGAAAAAAAAAUAGUUUUUUUGUAUUAUUAGUCUCUCUUUAUUCAAAACAUUUGUUUUGUACAGUAGUGGUAAAAUGUAUGAUUCGAUCUCAUUUACUGAAUUCACAAAUUGCAGAGAGAGAGUAAUGCAUUCUCAUACUGUUUGCUUGUUAUUUUUUAUUUUUUUUAAACCACGUGUGUUGCUUCAUAAGAAACGAUGGCCAGUCGACACGUCUUACUGAAUAAUAACCUGUAAUGAAACAGACUCUGGCCUGGUCUGGUCUGAACAUUCACACAGCACAGGGGCGUAUUCAGGUCACUUUAACAGUAUUUACCCCCAACCCCCUACUGCGGCCAUGUUUACCAUUGAUGAAACAACGUCGCUGUUCUGAAUCAAUCUCACCCAUGGCCUUAACUCAGGGUCUGUUAUAUCAGUAUUUCAGGUUUGUGUGGAAGGUGGUAGUCCGUGUGCAUUGGCUGGAAUGGCGGUGAGCUCUGUGCUUCUGCAUUCAGACGGUUUUUUUCUGCUCGAGAAACGGCGUCUCUCUGAGACUCGAAAGGUUGGAGUGAAAAUAGCAAAUGCAGCCUUUCACUUUAAUUGUACCUUUGGCUUUGACAGGAAAGUGGGAACAAUAUGCUCUGCAAACUGUAAGAAUGAAAGCUAAGCAGUAUAUGUGAGCUAAGCGGCAAAUUGCAUGUAUUAUUAUAAUUUUUAUUAGAACAUGCUAUGGUUUAAUUGUGAUAACUGAAAGCUUUACUUUGCAGCUGGGGUCUGGCUGUUUCGCCACUGAGCUUAAAUAUGAACAGUUCACCGUACACAGAAAAUGUGUUGCCACUUGGGAAACAUUUGUUGGUUAUAACUCACAAUUUCGUGCCAAACAUGGGUGAUUUACUCUAUUACCACGGGAACAAAGUCGAUGCCAAUUUUUGUAGUGCUUUUAAGAAUUUAAAUCUCAAGGGCACUCACUGACUGUGUUUUCCUUUAUCCAAAAGCAUCAUUUAAAGUGCCAUGCAUCUCUGCUGAAACUGUUGUCAUCACCAUGCGCCAAUAUUUGCCUUUUCUUGUAAAAACUUGCUGCAAUAUAAUUUCUGACCUCCAGUCUCCCCAUUGGCUGAAGCUUUUAGGCACCCUCUCCUUUGAGGAGCGCGUUUGCACUCUUAGCAACGUUUUACAAACUCGUUUAUUGUAGGAAUCUUUCGGUACGAUGUAGUGAUAUUGAUGUUUUUCUUGUUACAUCUAGGUAAUAUUUAUCCCACAGUGUCGCACAACCUCAAAUUCAAUGUUCUCACAGUCACAGCGUGAUAUGCUAUACAUACGGAUAGGUUCUGCCGAGCGCGUGAUAAAGUGUGUUUUCAUCUGCAAAUUCACUCCCACCAAGUAGCUUUCCUCCGUGGCCUGUCGGAGCGUACCAAGGCUCGUUUCUGAGCGUAAACUGGAAGCGGAUGAAGCUCGUCGUUUGCGGUAGAAAGUGCCGUCCGUGUUCCUGGGGCUUCGGUCACAAUUUCAAUACGCAACAUUUCGUCAGCUUGAAAACGCAUUUUAGACCAACGAGUAGAGGUAGAGUUAAUCACUAGAUGCUGUCUGUGGAGCACUAGAGUAUUAAUGUGAAAAAAGCACAAUGUAUAGGGGUCCUCAGAAACGUCACUGCAGAGUUUCUCACCUCAGUGGGUCUCGUCACCAGGCUUGUUGUAUCUUAAACCUGUCACCGUUUUCACUUUCUUUUCCUUUCUAAUCAUCUUAAGUGCUAUUUAACAACAAUUAAAUAAAAAAAAUGUUGUUUCUUUGCAUUUUUGGCUUAUGUCAGAUUUUUGGGAAAAAAAAUAUAUAAAUGUGUGUUUUCUCUCCUGUGCCGUAAGAGCUUGUUGUCUGUAGAUUAAUAUCAUUUUGUUUAUGAUUCUUAAGAAUUUUAAUAGUUUUAAGUAUAGUCUUGAGAAAAGCCAAAGUCAAUGUAUUUCAGUGGAAUCUGUCAGUGUGAAUUCUGUUUUUUCUUUUACAACACUUCCAGCUCUUUCAUUUGAUGGACUUUAAAAAGUACAAAAAAAGCAGGCUUUCCUAUUUCUACAGUUGAUUGUAUUUAUGCAUUUUGUACCAGUGGAACUUUUUAUACUGGAGAUUAAAGGAAAAAAAAAACUAUUGGCGAAUUGUCUGGCCUCGUCAUGUGGCCAGCUGCGACUGCUGGGUCCCAUGUUCGUUAUCUGGUUGGCAUCAGUUGGAAAGUUGGGGUUUUCAUGUAAGAUUUUUCUAGAAGAACUUUGGCUUGAUUUAUUUAACCUCUUCUUUUUUCCUCACGUUUUAUUCUGUUUGCCUUUCUUUCUUUUUGGAAGGGGGUGUGUGUGUUUCUUUUUGACUUAUACAUAAUUAUAGAGGUUUGUCUAUACAAAAGCGGUAAGUUUCAUUUAAUUCCGUAUUGUGGCGUUUACACGAUAAGACGAUUAGGAUUAGACGUAUUUAGUCACCUUCUGUGGAUAAAUGUAUUAGUUUAACAAAGAUAAACAAAUUAGAGGUUUUUGCUUUUAGCUGUUUAGGUUUUUCUGGUUUCUCUGUCUUUCGCUGUGAACCUAACUGUGUAGCUGGAACGGUCAGACUUAUUUUUGUAAACGUAUGUUCUUGUGUGAUGCAGUUUUUUGCUUCUGUCUCUGAUAUUAAACCAUUUUUCCUAA